UUAUGUCCCUGAGACUGGAGCUGGAGAAGGGUUCGAAGUCUGGAAGUCUGGAAUAGUUGCUUGAACUUUGAAGGUGGAGAUAGGUCUGUUUAUCAGAGGCUGAAGAGUUGCAGCCAUGGAGAGUAGUGCUACUGGUCGGCUUACUGGAUGUGAGAUUCAUGGGUUUCAUACAAUGGAGGAUUUGGAUGUUGGAACUAUAAUGAAGGAAGCCACAACAAGGUGGCUGCGGCCAAAUGAAAUUCAUGCAAUACUCUUUAAUCACAACUAUUUCAGUAUCCGUGUCAAGCCAGUGAACUUGCCUCCAAGUGGCACAAUUGUUUUGUUUGACCGUACAAUGCUGAGGAACUUCCGCAAAGAUGGCCAUAACUGGAAGAAGAAAAAAGAUGGGAAGACUGUCAAAGAAGCUCAUGAACACUUAAAAGUUGGUAAUGAAGAAAGGAUCCAUGUCUAUUAUGCACAUGGCCAGGAUAACCCCAACUUUGUCCGCAGGUGUUAUUGGCUACUUGACAAGAAACAAGAACACAUAGUCCUUGUGCAUUAUCGUGAAACAUUAGAGGUGCAGGGUUCUAGCACUACACCUGUUCAUUCAAAUUCGAGCUCAGGAAACUCUGACCCAUACGCUUCUGGGGUUUUAUUGGAAGAAAUUGAUUCCGUGGUAGAUUAUGCUGGUUCUGUUGAAUCAAAAGAGGUUGGUGAAUGUAUGACUGUUAGAAAUCAUGAGCUGAAACUUCAUGAGAUUAACACUCUUGAGUGGGAAGAUCUGGUGGCAACAGAAAAUCGCAAUGAUCCUCCAGGACCUAAGAGAGAUGACGUUUCAUAUUUUGAGCAGCAGAACCUAUAUGUAAUGAGUAACUCCAAAAACAAUGGUAGUAUUCUCCUAAAAGACAAUUUACCUGCUGCUGGGUGUGUUCCUGUCGGUGUACAACUACCAAUCCAUGAUUGCUUUCAAACAAUGGGAAUGAGUGACCACAGACAGGAUUCUGAAGAGCUGAGAGUGGGAAAAUAUGAUUCAUUGGAUGUUCCUGUUGAAGGUUUGCAAACUCAGGACAGCUUUGGCAGGUGGAUGAACUGCAUUAUGACUAAUUCCCAAGGAUCGAUCAAUGAUCCACAACUUGAAUCCCCAAUCUCCAGUGGUCAUGAAUCAAGUGUAUAUACCGAGAUAGAUAAUAAUCAACCUUCUAUUGGAGAGCAAGUUUUCAGUAUAACUGAAGUUUCACCUGCAUGGGCUUUUUCAACUGAAGAAACAAAGGUCAUAGUGAUUGGAUGUUUUAGCAGAGAUUCUUCACAUCUUCUUGCAGAGACUAGAUUAUAUUGCGUCUUUGGCGAUGUAUGUGUUCCUGUAGAAAUGGUUCAAUUUGGGGUGUUCCGUUGUAUGGCAUUGCCACAUAACCCUGGCCCAGUUAAUUUCUACCUGAGUCUUGAUGGCAGUACUCCCAUUAGCCAAGUACUGACUUUUGAGUAUCGUUCUCCUAUGAACAACUGGGUUGCUCAGCCAGAAGAUAAGUGGGAAGAAUGUCAAGUGCAGUUAAGAUUGGCACAUUUGCUCUUCUCUACAACUAAUAGCAUUACUCUUCUAUCUAGUAAGGCUUCAGCAAAUUCCCUAAGGGAGGCAAAAAGAUUUGCGCAAAUAAUCUCUUCCAUUGACAAAGGUUGGGCACAUUUAAUUAAGUCAGUUGGUGAUGGGAUCUCGUUUCCACUAGCCAAAAACAGUUUGCUUGAACUCUCUUUGAAGAACAAGUUUCUAGAGUGGCUUUUGGAAAGAGUAGUUGAAGGGUGUAAAAUCCCUGCUCGGGACCGUCAAGGUCAAGGAGUAAUCCAUUUGUGUGCUAUCCUAGGCUAUACCUGGUCUGUUAAACCAUAUUCAAGUUCAGGCAUCUCUUUAGAUUUUCGUGAUGCAUCUGGAUGGACAGCACUUCAUUGGGCUGCUUACUAUGGGAGGAAGGAAAUGGUUGCAGUUCUUUUAUCUGCAGGGGCAAAGCCAAAUUUAGUCACAGACCCAACUCCAGAAUUUCCUGGUGGACAGACUGCUGCUGAUCUUGCUUCCAAGAAUGGACAUGAGGGCCUAGCUGCUUAUCUUGCAGAAAAGGGAUUAAUAGCACAAUUGAAUGCUAUGUACAUAUCAGGAAACAUAAGUGGCUCCCCACAAACUAUCUCCACUGACCUGGUUAACUCCAUAAACCUCAGUGAGGAUGAGCUGUGCCUGAAGGAUACCUUGGAAGCAUAUCGGGCAGCUGCUGAUGCGGCAUCCCGUAUACAAUCUGCAUUCAGGGAGAAUUCUCUAAAGCAGAGGACAAAAGCAGUUGAGUUUUCCAAUCCAGAGAACGAGGCUCGUAAUAUAGUUGCAGCUAUGAGAAUUCAACAUGCUUUCCGAAACUAUGAGAUCCGAAAGAAGAUGUCAGCUGCUGCACGAAUCCAAUAUAGAUUUCGUACUUGGAAGAUUCGGAAAGAGUUUCUCAAUAUACGUCGGCAGGCUAUUAAAAUUCAAGCUGCAUUCCGAGGUCUCCAAGUACGGAAGCAGUACCGUAAGAUUCUUUGGUCAGUUGGAAUACUUGAGAAAGCAGUUUUACGUUGGCGUCAGAAGAAAAAAGGAUUCCGUGGGCUUCAGGUCCAAGGCACUGAAGCUGUUGGAGUAAAUCAAAACCAAGAGAAUGGUGUGGAGGACUUCUUCCAGAUCAGCAGGAAACAAGCAGAAGAGCGUGUGGAGAGAUCUAUUAUACGAGUCCAAUCCAUGUUCCGAUCAAAGCAAGCACAGCUAGAGUACCGAAGGAUGAAAUUGGCCCACAAUCAAGCAACGUUGGAAUACGAAGGGCUUCUUGAUCCUUAGUGUUGGAUGAGAGGUGAAGAUCACAUGGGUCAAGCCUGGAGAAGUUCAUUAGAGAUUCUGGAAAUCACAAUGGCUCAAGCAGGCUGACACUUAGUCCCCUGCAGAUUUUAGUCCUAUAUAGAACAUAUUUUACAUAGGAUUCCUUAGAUAAAUAUUAAUGUAUAGUUUGACCCAAUUCUAC